AAUCAAUGAAACAGUGAAACAAACACUUCAUUCAAUCAAUUGUUUGGUUAUUCAACACUUGAUUCAUGUUUUCAUUGAUUUAAUCAUUAAUUGUGCGAAACAUUGGAUGAGAUGACACUUACGAUGAGGUCAUCUAUCGCUGUCUCAAUCAUAUUGACUGCAUUUGUGGCCACAAUCUGGUGCGGAGACAAUGAUGAGGCAACCGACUGCAAGUCAAUAGCAACAGUGGACGGGGACUCCGGUAGUCUGAAAAUAUCGAACUUCUCGACGACAUUGAUCCCAAACACGAUAUGUUUGUGGAGAAUGAACGGCACCGGCAAAAAGGACCUUAAGUUUCAUGUGGAUAUCGAGGAACUGGUUCUCGGAGUGAAUGAUACCCUGGAAAUACUGGACGAAAAGACUCAAAACAAGACGAUAUGGAAGGGCACGGGAUCUCAAUGGCCAGGAGUCAUACUACUGGGGGGAAGCAAGUAUUCCUCAGUAUUGGUUAAGUUGUCGACCAGCGAUGAGAAAAUAAGCCGCGAAUGGGAUGUCGGCUACGCAACCACUUCACCCAAUGUUCAACUCACUAACAUUGAGAGCACCGGGAGGUUCGCACUGUAUUACGACCCGGACGCAGAUUUGGGUCUAAUCGAUCUGACCGUCAUUUUGAAGACAAAAUAUGACUCCAAGAAGUUAUUAGCAAACGUCGAGACAUUUGAUAUGAAUGGCGGAACCGUUACCUUUGAUCAAGUGGUGAAGUAUUCUAAUACUACGUUUAAAACCGGAACAAAACCGGAUUUUCUGCUCUCAACUGAUCAGCAAAUAAACGCCAAAAUCAUUUUCAAUAAAGCAUCCAAAGACAAGCCCAAAGGGUUUCAGUUGCACUACGAACUGGUGGACGCCCUGUGCUCUGUGUACACCCAGUUAACAGAUGUGGACACUACGAGUAUGGUUAACGUACUUCUGCCCAAUACUACUCAAUGGUUGCAAUCAUUAAGCAGUUAUCGGUGUCUCAAUGUGUUUGAGCACAAGACCCAAGAAGUGAAGUUGUCAUUGAAUUUAGAGAAAUUCAGUUUCAUUAAUAGCGCGGAUAUGAUCACUGUAUUGGACGGCAUUUCAUAUGAUUCGCGCACAUUAGCUGUCAUUGAACCGCAGUUUGUGGACUUUUGGAGACAUGUCAAUUUGGUCUCAUCGGCCAAUAAGUUGUGGGUUUUGUUUAAUUCGCCACAAGUGGUCAAUACGACUAUAGAAGUCACUAAUCAACUGGGAAUUAAAGCACAAUCGCAAGGCGGUGAUUAUGUUUUCCAACCCAAUCAAAACGCAACGAGUCUCAAACUCGAUGACAAACUGAAAACCCUAUUACCGGUGGUUUUCACAUUUGAAACCGAUUCGCAAAAUCAAUUAGUCAUUGAUUUUGAUCAGACGACUCCAUUGACCGGAAAAAGCAAUGAAACUGUAAUCACAAUAUACGAAAGCAGUGGUUUGGCGUCAGUAUUUGAGCCAAUCAUUGAACUAAAAGGGGGUUCAUUCCCACCCGAUUUUGUGCCCUCCAAUACCAACCAAAUGAAAGUGGAGUUCCAUAACAUCUUCAAACUGGACAAACCUAAUAACAUUAUGAAUGUCAAGAAAACCUGUCACUCGACGGCUAGAGGGGUCCCCUCUUCGUACAGUCCGAGCGGUUGCGAGGAAAUGUGUUUGUGGCUCAUCCCGGCCCGCAAUAACUCAAUCGGCACUUAUGUCCUGAAGUUUUCGCACAUGAAUUUGCCCGCCAAAGAUGACACCAUUACGAUCACACAGUUUGGAGCCGACAAACCAAAAGAUAUUCUUAACCUUAUAGGACCUAUCGUCGAAACGAAUACAUUCCCGGAUGUGAUACUCGACGCCAACGCCUCGUAUAUAUUGUACACGAAGAGAGAGAAAUGUGACGCAAAAUCGGUGGACAGCUCGCAAUUGUUUGCCGUUUCUGUGGUUUAUAUAGACUCCGAUUUGAUCACCAAUUCAUGGGUUUUGAAGAAAGACGAGAACAAAACCAUUGAAUCACUGAAUUAUCCCAACUAUUACUCCAUCGGAAACGAUGAGAUCUGGAACGUGAGUUCAUCCGACAAUAAGACGACCAUUGCUUUCAUAACAUUCAAUGAUUUGAGUCUCAAUACUGGACAUUUCUUGGAGUUUAAGAGUAGCAUUUCAGAAAUCCAUUUGAAAGACACGGAUGUAUUGUCGCAAACAGCGGACAGUUUAUUAAGCUUUCCCUUCUUCGGGCGACUCAAUGUCACCGACCAUUCUAAGGCCCCUUACAGUGGCCGCGGAUUCAACGCCACCUUAUGGCCUCUUAGUUGCGGUGAAUAUGUGAAACUUGAACCCAAAAAGGUCGGGAGUCUGAAAACGCCCGACAAAUUGGAUGGCAUAUCGCAAUGCGUUUGGAUAGUGACCGCCGCUAAGAGCGAUAAACUGAAUGUGAUUGAGUUCACAAAGAAUGUGACCAAAGAUUUGGACGCAAAGCAGUUACAGAUUUAUGACUCGAAUACAAUCCGCGACAAGAAGCUCGUCAAUAUGGAGUUGUUCACCAAUACGACCCCUUCGAGUUCGACCGACACUUUGGUCAUCAUCUACAACGUCGACCCUAAGAAGAACCUGUCCAUGAGUUUCACCCAAACGGAGUGCGCGAACUUAUGCCACAAUCAAAAGCGUUGUCUUUUGAAGGAGUUUUCGUGCAAUAAUCUUAAUGAUUGCGGCGAUUGGUCUGAUGAGUUGGGAUGCAAUGGCACUCAACCCUCACCACCGGCGCCCACUCCCGAGCAAAUAGUCGUACACUCAGGCGUGAAUGGAUGGGUGGUGACGCUUGUCAUAUGUCCACUGUUUGCGGGACUGGGAGUGUUGGGCACACUCUAUGGGCCGAGACUUUUGGGCCGUUUCGGACGGGGCAGGUAUCGCGAGUUCCAGGACUUCUCCGAAGUCUCAUAAAUUGUUAUCUCAUUGGGUAUUACGUUAUUAUAAGUCAAUUUAAGUUAAUCUCUUAUUAGAAACAUUUUCUCAAUUA